AAAUGAUGCUGUUGAAGUAGGCCUAUGGUUUCCUGCCAAGCAAGGGCGCUGAAAGGGGAGUGAUCAUUUGGCCUAUAGACAGAUAAGCCUAGUUGGAGCAUGGGGGCCAGCCAGUCAGACACACUUUCACUCAGAGGAAUCUAAAAUGGGAGCACCACACAAUCAUAGCAGGUGAGGCUGAUUUCUGUGGGGCAGCAGAGAUGCAUUCUGAGAGGGAAGGGCCCAGCCAGCAGCAACCACACCCACACGACGGACGCCUGGGCGAAGUCGCUCAGAGAGGAAGUAAAGCCAGUCAAAAGUGAAAACUACAUUGCUUAGUGGAGGCUACUUUAAUGUUAAUUAAGCCUAUAUUUAUUUAAAAAAAGUCAUACUUCAAUCGAAAGAUUAUUCAGCAAUGUUACUCUCGAACGGAAUAUCCACUAAGUGCUGUACAGAGUAGGCUAAACUUUGAACUCAAUCCUUUUUGAUCAUUGCCUCCUCCUCCACGGUUGCACAGGUGAAUAGCUUGUUUUGACAACAGAGUAACCUACUGGAUUUUACUCGUCGCGCUUUGUCAAGCUGAAAUCAAGACUUCACCAAAAAUGAAAUGAGGUAAAAACCACAUGUUGGUGGAGGAGACUGCGGUAUGCUGAUGUGUGCCUGAUGUGUGUCUGUCAGGAUGAGUGUAACAGAUGACGAAAGUUCAUCCCACCAAGAUGAGGAAGCGACCUUCCUUCUACAAAUCUAUCCUCGACUGUCCCUCGAAAAUUCUCCGUGCUGCACCCUCAAUAUCCCCAAGUCAACUACCACCGCUACCGUCGUCCAGAACGCCAGAGCCACCCUUGGCCUGGACACGUCCAAGCCCUAUGUGCUGGUGGAGGUAAGAGACUGCGGCGGGGAGGAGUGGAUCCUGCAGCCUAGUGACCUUCCAGUGCAGAGGCUCCUGCUGUGGCCGAGGAAGGCCCAGGAGCAGCACCCUCAGAGUGAGGGCUACUUCUUUGCGCUGCAGGAGCGCCAAUGUGAUGGCUCCAACCCGUACAACCACCUGGCCUCGGUGUGUGCGGAGAGGGAAGCCCGGGGACUCCUGAGCCGCGGCUUCCUCCCUCCACAGCAGGAGGACUGCGAUGACCUCUGCAACCUGCCCGUCCUGACCGAGACGAGCAUCCUGGACACCCUGCGCUACCGCUUCCACAAGGAGAUUAUCUACACGUACGCCAGCAACAUCCUCAUCGCCAUAAACCCCUUCAAGUUCCUGCCCAUCUACAACCCCAAGUACGUCAAGAUGUAUGAGAACCAGCAUCUGGGCAAGCAGCCGCCGCAUGUGUUUGCCAUCGCGGACUCUGCCUUUCACACCAUGCUGAAGAAAGGCGUCAACCAGUCGGUCAUCAUCUCGGGCGAGAGCGGCUCGGGGAAGACGCAGAGCACCAACUUCCUCAUCCACUGCUUGACCGCUCUGAGCCAGAAGGGCUACACCAGUGGAGUGGAGAGGACCAUCCUGGGGGCAGGGCCCGUCCUGGAGGCUUUUGGGAACGCAAAGACCGCUCAUAACAACAACUCCAGUCGCUUCGGGAAGUUCAUCCAAGUGAACUACUCAGAGAGCGGAGUUGUAAGAGGGGCAGUCGUUGAAAAGUACUUGCUGGAGAAAUGCCGCCUGGUGUCAAGGGAAAAGAGUGAAAGGAACUACCAUGUCUUUUACUAUCUGUUGCUUGGAACCACAGGAGAGGAGCAAAAAGAAUUCAAGCUGUUGCAACCUGAAGAUUACCUCUACCUCAAACAGGAAAACUUUCAGUCGGAGGAUAAAGCAGAAAACAAACAUGAGUUUAAGAGACUUCAGCAGGCCAUGGAGAUGGUGGGAUUUCUACCAGCCACAAAAAAACAGAUAUUCUCCGUCCUUUCGGCCAUUCUGUACCUGGGCAAUGUGACUUAUGAGCCAGCGGAGGAUGGAGAGGGCCUGCGGGUGGGCCCACCUCACGUCCUGGCCACUCUGUCUGACCUGCUGAAGGUGAAAAGGGAACUCCUGGUGGAGGCGCUCACCAAGAGGAAAGCGAUGACUGCCAAUGACACACUAAUCCUUCCCUACAGCCUCAGCGAGGCUGUGACGGCGCGUGACUCCAUGGCCAAGUCCCUGUACGGCUCCCUGUUUGACUGGAUCGUCCUGCGCAUCAAUCAUGCACUGCUCAACAAAAAGGAUGUGGAGGUAUCCAUCCAGUGUUUGUCCAUAGGUGUGCUGGACAUCUUUGGAUUUGAACAUUUCACAGUCAACAGCUUUGAGCAGUUCUGCAUUAACUAUGCCAACGAGCAGCUUCAGUACUACUGCAACCAGUACAUCUUCACACUGGAGCAGGCCGAGUAUCAGGCCGAGGGCAUCACAUGGGACAACAUUGACUACACUGACAACAUCGGCUGCAUCCACCUCAUUAGCAAGAAGCCCACUGGACUCUUCCACUUGCUGGAUGAGGAGAGCAACUUCCCCCAUGCCACAGACAACACACUUUUGGCCAAGUUGAAGCAGCAGCAUCAGGGGAACCCCUCAUUUGUGCCCACUCCAGUGCUGGAGCCAGCCUUCAUCAUCAAGCACUAUGCUGGCAAUGUGAAAUAUCAGAUCCAGGACUUCCGUGAGAAGAACACUGACCACAUGCGGCCGGACAUUGUGGCGCUGUUGCGCAGUAGCGAGCGAAGCUUCCUGCGGCAGCUGAUCGGCGCAGACCCUGUGGCCGUGUUCCGCUGGGGCAUCCUCAGGGCCACCAUACGCAGCCUGGCAGCCUUCAACCAAGCUGGCAGACGCUGGGAAACAAAGAACCCAGAUAAAUGUCUGCGGUACACGCGCCAGUCACUGGGUGAAAAGAGGAGGAGCUCGCACCUGGAGAGGAUGAUGAGCCAAAGCACUUUAAUCGAUUUCUCCUUCGAUCGCUCGGAGGAGCUUCCCCUAGAGGUGUUUGAGGACAUUUUUGCUACAUUUGAGAAUAAGAAGGUCUUGCAUGACCAAAUCCAGCACUCUGUUAGGCUGCUGGAGCAGGGUGGGGCAGCUCCAGCUAAGCUACAUCAGUCCACUGUGUCUCUGAGGAAGCCUUGCCGUCUCUCUCUGAAGAACAGAGUAUCUAAACACAACAAACAGAUCAUCCCAAAGAACCUCGUUGACUCCAAGUCUCUUAAGUACAUUGUGGGUCUGACGCUUCAUAAUCACGUCAGCAGGUCACUGCUCCACCUACACAAGAAGAAAAAGCCCCCAAGUAUCAGUGCACAGUUUCAGUCGUCUCUGAGCAAGCUGCUGGAGACCCUGAAAAAGGCGGAACCCUUCUUUGUGCGUUGCAUCCGCUCCAAUGCGAAGAAGCUGGAGAUGCAGUUUGAUGAGGCUCUGGUGUUACGGCAACUCAGGUACACAGGGAUGCUGGAGACUGUUCGCAUCAGGAGGUCGGGCUACGGGACAAAGUAUACUUUUAAGGAAUUCAUUGAUCAGUUUCAAGUGCUACUGCCAAAGAAAGUGGAAUCACCAAAAGAGGACAUUGCAAACCUCCUUCAAAAUCUGAGUUUGAAAGAGACUAACUAUCAGAUUGGGAAAACAAAGGUGUUCCUGCAGGAGGUGGAACGUCUGAGACUUCAGGAGAAACGGCAUGAGAGAGUGAAGAAGAGCGUCAUCACGCUACAGCGCUGGUUCCGUGCCUGCUUAACUCGCAAGCAGUACCUCAACAAGAGAGAUGCCGCCAUUGCUAUACAGUGGUCCUGGAGGAGCUUCAGUGAGCGGAGGCGCUGGAAGGCAGCCAGUCUGAUCCAGAUGAUGUGGCGCGACUCCCACCAGCGGGCCGAGUACCUGCGCCGCCGCGAGAGCUUCAAGAAGAUGCAGAAGCUGGCCUUCCGCAGGAGGCCCAUGUCCGAGGAAGGCAAGGAAGGGGAAGAGGAAAACAAAGUGACCAAGCCAGCAGCUUCAGGUAACAACCAAGGGAAGCCAAAGAAGCCGCUUCCACCUCUGUCCGAAUCGGAGAACGCUGGGAGUCGGGCGCAAAACCUCAAUGGAGAGGACGAGGAGCCAGGAGGAGAGCCGCUGGACAGAGCCAAGAAGUACGAUUCGGACGAGCCGUACAGCACCUCGUCCCUGCAGCGCUACACCAAGAGCGCCAUGAAGGAGAAGGCCGAGAAGUGGAGGGAGCGCAGGAGCGAUGAGGGAGGCAGUCCAGAGGGCAAACGACCCCAGAACCUGAAGAUACAGAGUUUACAGUCUCGAGGAAAGUCCAUCUCUCUGGAUAAUGUGUCAAAAAUCAGUUCCUCAGAGUCCGACAGCUCAGGCUCUCCUGCGGAGGUAAACUUGAGCCGCAAACUUCCGAAACACAAGCGCCGUCUCGCCCAAGCCCGCAGUGGGCUGAUGUUUAAAACCAGUGACAACAGGGAAGUGGACUACUGGAGCUUCCCGCUGCCGCCCAUCAGCCCCGCGGUGCCCAAUCGCGCCAGUCUUGGCGACAUGCUCCACUACCCCAGGGGGAAGUUCCAGUUGGCUUCAGAGGCGGACGGAUCCAAUAACACUAGAAGAGCUAGUGACAGCAGCAACCCCUCCCAGCCACCCACCCCAGAGAGGGUUGGAUUCUUUAGUAAGUUCCGGAAAAAGCGGGCUCAGACACCAGAGGAUGGGAAAGUCACUAUGGCCAAGACUCUAGCAGAAAGGGAAGAAGCUGGCUUCUCUCCGUACUCCUCUCACUCCAGUCAGCACUCGGGACAGGUCAGUCGUGUCAAACGGAACCGCACCAUCAAAAUUAGCCGAGCCACGCGGGUCCAAGAGCAGUGGAAUGCCUCCCUGGACCGCCAGAUCACCGACAGCAAUGAGCUACGCUGCCUGGAUGAGUUCCUGGGCAACCAGAUGAAUGAUCUUCGCACCCGAGAGAAAGAACUGUCAGAAACUGAGCGCAUCUUCCUCAUGGCCACGAACCACUUCAGAGAGCAGAUCAAGAGCAUGUACUCUGUGUCGAAACCCCAGAUUGGUUACAAAGGUCUGAUGAAAGGGUAUGAGAGCAGAGUGUCCAGUCUGGCUGGAUCAAAGAAGUCAGAGAUCCAGCUGGUGGUAAAUUUGUUCCAGUCGGUUCUGGAUGGAUUUAUCCGAGGAGAGAUCAAAAAGGAGGUUGCUGACCCGGUUCAGUUCAACAAGAAGUUAAAGCAAAAACAGAAAAAAGACAAAUGCAUGGAGAGCCCAUUGGAUCACCUGUUCAGCACUUACCAGGUGACCAUCAUGCAGACCUGUGACCUGUGUGGCUCCUACAUCUGGGGCAUGGAGAAGGCCUGCAUGUGCAGCUCUUGUAAAAUGGUGUGCCAUAAAAAAUGCCUCAGCAAGAUAAUCACAGAUUGCUCAAAGCUCACCUCGAUGAAGAAUGAGAAUAAGCCGGGCACGCUGCAUUUCGGCGUGCACAUCUGCGUCCUGACCAACAAGGCCACCCCGGUGCCCAUGGUCAUAGAGAUGCUGCUGCAGCAUGUGGAGAUGAACGGCUUGUACACAGAGGGCAUCUACCGCAAGUCUGGCUCUGCCUGUCGAGGACGGGAGCUGCACCAGAUACUGGAGACUGAUCCCAAAUCUGCCAUUCUGGAGAACUAUCCCAUCCACACCAUCACAGGCUUGAUUAAAAGGUGGCUGCGGGAGUUACCUGAACCACUCAUGACGUACAACCUGUACAAUGACUUUCUACAUGCUGCGGAGCUGCCCGACAAGCCAGACCAGUUACAUGCUAUGUAUCGAACGAUAGAGGAACUUCCCCCUUCACACUAUAACACCCUUGAGCGGCUUGUCUUCCACCUUGUCAGGGUGGCCCGAGGGGAAGAGCACAAUCGAAUGUCCACCAAUUCCCUGGCCAUCGUUUUUGCACCUUGCAUUCUCCGCAGCCCCAACUCUACUGAUCCGUUUCUCAGCAUGAAGGAUGUGGGCAAGACCACCAUGUGUGUGGAGAUUCUGAUAAGCGAGCAGGUGAGGAGGUACAAUGAGAAAAUGCAGGAGAUCCAGCAGCUGGAGUACGCAGAGGCUCUGGCCAUGACCCAGCUCAAGCUGAAGCGACAGAACACGGUCAAUGAGAAAGCUAAAUGUGAAUCGGAUGUAAUAUCUAUGGAUUUUGAGAACGUCUUGAUUGAGAGGAUCAAGUCAAUCAAGCAAGAGAAGGAUGACCUGACAUGCAGGCUGCCUGAUUUAGAUGAGGGCCAAUCCGAUGACAACCAGGACUCAGUCUCAUCCAUUAGCACAGAUAGCCUGCUGGAGGACAGAGGAUUUAGCUUGGACUCAGAAGGAAAGAUGACCCCAUGCCCAAACAAACAGCAGGUGAUGAAAUCGAACCAGAGAGCUGGAACUCAGUCUCUAUACAUUUUGCCAAACCAGGAUGUCGGUACUUGUCUGCCCUCCCCAUGUAGUCCUAGGGGUCAAGGACCAAGCUCGAAAACCACACGGCGCUUCUCAGACCUCGACAUUCCUUACAUAGAUGAUGAUAUAUAGGACAGUCUUCUAGACCUAAGGACAGACACUGAAAACACUAACUGUGUGUACAAUUAUCAAAACUCCUCAAGUUUUUGGAAUAGUCCUCUGUUCAUGGCAUGGAGUCGAGACCAGAUAAUCAUUGUUGUCACUGUAAUGGCGUCCCUGGUGAAUGCUGCCUCACUUUCAGCACUUUUGUUGUUGCUCUCUUGUCUUACAUGACCAUGAUGAUCACUAGAUUUUGAGCUGGCAAAUUUCUUUUCAAGAGAAGUGAUGGAUCAAUAUCCAAGAUCUUUUGUGAAAAGGAUGAAGAGGUGAAAGGUGAAAGCCUCUGACUGUUGCAAACAUUAACAUUUUAGAGGGAGCCCAUAAACCUAAACCAACCUCAUGAAGACCAGCGUGGCCACAUGAAUAUGAUGAAUAAUAAGUUGUCAACUGUGUUUGGCUUUCCUCGUGGAAUAGACUGCAUACAAAAAGAGGUUUUGAAUUAUUAUUAUUUAAUACUGUAGCAUGAACACCACAGAAGUCAGCCUCUGUUCCUGUGUCAUGUUAAGAUCUUUUUUCAGAAAUACAUGUUCCUACAAGAUAAUUUGCCCAGGAAAGUAAUAUUAAAUUGUGUAUAUAUACAUAACAUACAUCUAUAAUGUUUUUGUGUAUUAUGGUAUAUAUUGUACCUAUAUUAUCUGGUGUGUGUCUAUGUGUGACUGAUGUUAAUUUCCAGUUCCAGGUAAACAGCAUGUCACUCACUGAUAUUUGAUACUCAACCAUUCAUGAAUAUAUGAUUUGCUAUGAAUCAUUGAAAAUUAUUCAUUCAGUGAAUCAUUUUGUUACCCAAUUUGCCAAUUUUCAUCAGAACAUGUUUUUUAUUUGAUAUUAAAACAAGUUGAUGUUGAAAGGUA